CAGUUCUUUCAAUUAGUGAUACAGUAGUUACCAACUCUUCUCAUCCUCUGAAGACUUGGAGAAGGGAUAGGAGCAAAGCAGGCAGACUGCUGAGAGAGUCUGCUAUUUCCAUUGUCACUGAACAAGAUCCUCUGAAAAAAAGGCUUAGGACUACAGAAGAAGAUCAAUCAAACUCUCAUCAACAGAUCAUCCUAAGUCAAACAGCACCAAAGAAGCAGAAACAACAAGAGCACAAAGAAAAGGUGGGGGCUUCCAGCCUU